UGAUCUGUAAACGCUUUGGUAAACGCCAAACCCCAGUCUUUUGACAUUGGGGUGGAGUUGCAAAGUGACAUUUGUUGUCAAUUUAAAGCAAGGAAAUUAUCUUGGAGGUGUACAUCCACUAUCCAGCGUCUUGUUCAGGUCUCAAUUCCAGAGCAGCAAUGGCUACCGAUAAGGUGACAUUGGCUGAUGCACUAUCUAAUGUUGAUGUUCUCGAUGAAUUUACAUUACCUGAUGAACAGCCAUGCAUUGAAGCUCAACCAUGCUCUGUUGUCUAUCAAGCAAACUUUGAUACUAAUUUUGAAGACAGAAAUGGAUUUGUUACUGGUAUUGCAAAAUAUAUCGAGGAGGCUACUGUACAUGCUAGUUUGAAUGAGCUUCUUGAGGAAGGCUUGGAACAUGCAGUGAUGUUAUAUACAUGGAGAUGUUGCUCUCGAGCUAUUCCUCAACCAAAGUCCAAUGAACAACCAAACCGUGUUGAAAUUUAUGAAAAGACGGUUGAGGUUCUGGCCCCUGAAGUCAAUAAGUUAUUGAACUUUAUGUAUUUCCAAAGAAAAGCUAUCGAGAGGUUCUCUGCUGAAGUUAAACGCCUAUGUCAUCAUGAAAAAAGAAAGGAUUUUGUAUCCGAAGCAUAUCUGUUGACUCUUGGGAAAUUCAUUAAUAUGUUUGCUGUUCUUGAUGAAUUGAAAAACAUGAAGUCUAGUGUGAAGAACGAUUAUUCAACGUACAGAAGAGCUGCUCAAUUUUUGAAAGUAAUGUCAGAUUCGCAAACUCUACAAGAGUCUCAGAAUCUGUCUAUGUUCCUCGCAACGCAAAAUAAAAUCCGAGACACAGUCAAAGAGAAUUUAGAAAAGAUCGCAGGCUAUGAAGAACUUCUAGCAGACGUGGUUAACAUUUGUGUACACAUGUUUGAAACAAAGAUGUACUUAACACCUAACGAAAAGCACAUGCUAGUCAAAGUAAUGGGCUUUGGCCUAUUUUUGAUGGAUAGCGAACUGUGUAAUAUCAACAAACUAGAUCAGAAAAAAAAGUUGAAGUUGGAUAGAAUUGAUAGAAUAUUCAAAAACUUGGAAGUGGUUCCUCUUUUUGGCGAUAUGCAAAUCGCUCCUUUCAAUUACAUCAAACGGUCUAAGCACUUUGAUUCCUCAAGAUGGCCACUUUCAUCUUCUUCAAACAGUAUGAGUCCACAAGCAGAUCUUAUGGUGCACCUGCCUCAAAUAAGAGAAGAUCAUGUGAAAUAUAUCAGUGAGCUAGCCAGGUAUAGUAAUGAAGUUACGACAACAUAUAAGGAGUGUGGAAGUGAUGGAGAAAACAGGGAAACAGCUGAAUUGGCACUGCGAGGACUACAGUUACUCUCGCAAUGGACUAGUGUUGUAACUGAAUUGUACAGUUGGAAAUUACUCCAUCCUACCGACCAUCACAUGAACAAAGAGUGUCCACAAGAGGCUGAGGAGUAUGAACGUGCAACACGGUACAAUUACACGGACGAAGAAAAGUUUGCUUUAAUUGAAGUUAUAGCCAUGAUCAAGGGUCUUCAAGUUUUGAUGGCUCGUAUGGAAACUGUUUUCAUUGAUGCUAUCCGCAGGAACAUUUAUGCCGAAUUGCAGGAUUUUGUACAGCUACUGCUCAGAGAACCUCUCAGAAAAGCUAUAAAAAAUAAAAAAGAUCUGAUAAGAAGCAUAAUCGUAUCUGUUCGAGAAACUUGCGCCGAUUGGCAGAGGGGCGUUGAGCCUGUGGCUGACCCAGCGCUCAAAGGUAAAAAAGAUCCGGACAAUGGAUUUGGCAUAAAAGUUCCAAGAAGAAAUGUUGGUCCAUCAUCCACUCAACUAUACAUGGUACGCACAAUGUUAGAGUCACUGAUUGCUGAUAAAAGUGGAGGGAAACGAACACUGAGAAAAGACAUUGAUGGACAGUAUUUAGUGCAAAUUGAUCAGUUUCACAAAACAAGUUUCUAUUGGAAUUAUUUGUUAAGUUUCAGCGAAUCGCUGCAAAAUUGCUGUGAUCUUUCUCAACUCUGGUAUCGUGAAUUUUACCUUGAGAUGACCAUGGGUCGAAGAAUUCAGAAAUGCCAAGUGCGUCAUCAGCACAAUGAGGAAUGCAGCGACUUGAUCACCAUGGAGAAGCGUAUUCAGUUUCCAAUUGAAAUGUCAAUGCCAUGGAUCCUGACCGACCAUAUUCUGAGGAGCAAAGAACCUUCUAUGAUGGAAUUCGUGUUAUAUCCUCUGGAUUUGUACAAUGACAGUGCGUUAUAUGCAUUAACUAUAUUCCGCAAGCAAUUCCUCUAUGAUGAGGUAGAAGCAGAAGUUAACUUGUGCUUUGAUCAGUUUGUCUACAAGUUGAGCGAGCAAAUAUUUGCCCAUUAUAAGCAAUUGGCAGCCAGUAUUUUACUUGAUAAGAGAUUUCGAGUUGAAUGCGUUGCUCUUGGUGCAUAUCUACUUCCAUAUCCUCGAGCAAACAGAUACGAAACAUUGUUGAAACAAAGACAUGUACAACUACUUGGCAGAAGCAUAGAUUUGAAUAAAUUAAUUACACAACGUAUUAAUGCUGACAUGCAAAAAUCUUUGGAUUUGGCUGUGAGUAAAUUUGAAUCCGGCGAUAUUACGGGCGUGGUGGAACUUGAAGGAUUACUACAAGUCAAUCGUUUGACGCAUAAGCUCCUGAGUAAGUGGCUAGCAUUGGACGAAUAUGAUGCCAUGUUCCGAGAAGCAAAUCAUAACGUUCUAGCCCCAUAUGGUAGGAUCACCCUUCAUGUUUUCUGGGAGCUCAAUUACGACUUCCUGCCCAACUACUGCUACAACGCCGCUACAAAUAGAUUUGUAAAAUGCAGAGGUCUUCAGUUCGCACAGCCUGUGCAUAGAGACAAACCACCUAUGAUGUCUCACCAUUACCUGUGGGGAAGUAAACAAUUGAACCUUGCAUAUAGCACCCAAUAUGGUCAAUACACAGGAUUUGUUGGUCCAUAUCACUUCCGUACAAUGUGUAAGCUUCUUGGUUACCAAGGGAUCGCUGUAGUAAUGGAAGAGCUCCUGAAAAUCGUGAAAUCUCUGAUCCAAGGAAAUUUACUCCAGUUUACAAAAACGUUGAUGGAAGCAAUGCCAAAAGUUUGUAAACUGCCAAGAUAUGAUUACGGAUCGCCUGGUGUUCUGGGCUAUUAUCACGCCCAGUUAAAUGACAUUGUACAAUAUCCUGAUGCGAAGACUGAAUUAUUCCACAACUUUCGUGAAUUUGGCAAUACCAUCUUAUUCUGUCUUCUUAUGGAGCAAGCAUUGUCGCAAGAAGAAGUUUGUGAUUUGUUGCAUGCAGCUCCAUUUCAGAAUAUAUUACCUCGCCCUUUCUGUAAAGAUGGAGAAAAACCAGAAACUAAGCAAAAACGGCUGGAAGCCAAGUAUGCGGCACUCCAAAUUGUGCCUAAUGUUGAAGAACUGGGAACUGCUAAGCAAGCAAUGAUUGCAAAAGAAGGUGACUUAUUGACAAGAGAGCGACUGUGUUGUGGGUUAUCAAUUUUUGAGGUAGUACUGAGUCGCCUGCGUAGUUUUCUCGAUGAUCCGAUUUGGGUUGGGCCACCACCUGCAAAUGGAGUUAUGAACGUAGAUGAAUGUACCGAAUUUCACAGACUUUGGAGCGCCUUGCAAUUCGUGUACUGCAUACCAGUUGGAGAAACAGAAUUCACAGUAGAAGAACUCUUUGGAGAAGGCUUACAUUGGGCUGGUUGUGCCAUGAUAGUCUUAUUGGGUCAGCAGAGAAGAUUCGAGGCUUUAGACUUUUGCUACCAUAUUCUACGUGUUCAACGUGUGGAUGGUAAAGAUGAAAAUGUCAAGGGCAUUCACUUGAAGAGAAUGGUAGAUCGUAUAAGACGAUUCCAAGUAUUAAACUCUCAAAUUUUUGCUGUGCUAAAUAAGUACCUGAAAAGUGGAGACAGUGACGCAACUAGCGUAGAACACGUCCGAUGUUUUCCUCCUCCAAUUCAUCCUUCCCUUGCACACACUCAGCAACAUUAUCACGCUCCAGAAUAUUUGCGUCAAAUGAAUCACCAGUAAUAUCACAACAAAAUAAGAAGUAAGAAAUAAAUCAUUGAUAUAUACUUCGGAUUAGAUAUGAUAAUGCUAUAUCUAUUAUGCAAUGCAAUAUUUUAAUUUAACUUUACUCGUUUAAAAGACGGACUUCAUUGGCAACCAAAGUUGACAAACCACGAAGGUUUAAUGCUCGUCAGUCGGCGAAUUAUUAUGACACUAUAACAACUCAAUAAGAGAAAAUAGUUUAACCCACCAUACAGACCAUUAGGCAAUUAAGUUAUAGUCUAACGAUAAAAUAUAGAAAAUUGAUAAUUUUUAUACUUUUACGAAAUAUUUUACUUGUUCAAUCAAAUAACUAGCAUUAGCUUACUUGCCAUCAAUUCGAAGAAAUGAAUCAACCUAGUCUGCCUGAUUCUGAAAUCAUUAAAAUAUUGCCCAAUAAAAUUUAGGAAAUAUAAUCACGAUUACCGCAAGGAAGUCCCGUUAUGUUAGUAUAUUCAAAUAUUUUAUACAAUUCCACUGGUAGAAACAGUGUCAUAGAGUUGGUUGUUCAUUUAAUGUUGCAAAUAAUUGUACAAUAAAAUUCACUCAUUGCCUAUUGAUCGUCUACCGAUGGCUGAUACAACAAUUAAUUACGAUUAUGUUAAUAAUCAUUCACUGAAACAAUCCAUUGAAAUAAUCAUUGUAUGAAUGAUUUUCUCGACUUGUCAAUUAAAUUUAUUUAUAUCAAAUUUUAUGCAUGUUCUUUUCCCGUUUCGAGUUUUCGGAAAAUAAAUUUGCUAUGGCUAUCUCUUAUUCAGUAAAUUUAGAAAGUUUUUUUUGUAAUUUUACCGUCUGGUUUGCGUACCCAUUAUUGAAAAUAUGUUACAGAUGACUAUUCCAACUGACAAUGUUAUUAAAGGAAAUCACGUAAACUGAGUAUUUUAGUUCUAAAUAUUUUUAUAGAAUUAAAUUUCUAAAUACUUACAAUAUUCCCAUUUUUGUAUAAAAACCAAAAGUACUGUAUUUUGUUCAAACUGAUACAUCGAUAAGCAUUUUUACAUUACAUAUUACAAACGUAUGUACAAGUACUAAUAAUAAUUAAAUGAUAUGAAGAAUA